CUUUCAAACGGUUUUUGGCGGUUGGAAUAUUUUGAUGCAGGUUAUAAUAAAUAUGGUUAAAAUAAAUUUAUGACCUUAUAAUGUUUGUAGAGGAUUUUAAAACAGAUUUCUAUGAAUUUUUAGCCGGAAAAAGAGUGUUUUUAAUGGUUCAUUAUGAUAUUGACAGUAUAUGUGCCUGCAAAAUAUUACAAUCGCUUUUAAAAUAUCGUAACAUACUAUACACAGUUGCUGUUAUACAAAGACUUGAAGACCUAAAACGUGCUUAUGUUGAAAAUUGUGAGGAUGUACAAUAUUUUAUUUUAUUAAAUUGUGGAGGAACAAUAGAUAUAGUUGAGGAACUUGAACCCGAAGAAGAGAAAGUUUUCUUUAUUUUGGAUAGCCAUAGACCAAUAGAUGUAUGUAAUAUUUAUUCUACAGAUCAAGUAAGACUAUUGACAAGACCAGAAGAAGAUGCAUUAGUACCUGAAUUCAAUGAUAUAUUUCGAGAUCAAUCCGAAUCAGAAAAUGAGUCUGAUAGUGAUAGUGACAAUGAAGGUCGAGCAUCAAAAAGGAGAAGGCUAGGAGAAGAGGCAAUAUUGAAAAGAAGAGAGAACAGACUGUGGGAGGAAAACCGAAACAAAUUAUUGUUCGAAUACUCUCAGUUCACAUAUUAUGCUAGAGCUAGUGCUAUAUUUAUGUUCGAAUAUGCAUGGAAAUUAAACAAAGAAGAUAAAGAUUUACUAUGGUUAGCUAUAAUAGCAUUAACAGAACAAUUAAUUUUUGGAAAAAUUGAACAUACACAGUAUAUUUUAGAAAUGGAAGCCUUAAGAGCACACUGUACAAGACUACAACACAAAAGUAAUGAUACAGAUGUCUUAACAUCACUAAAAAUUUUAUUUGAAAAAGAUUUAAGGUUAACAUUAUAUAGACAUUGGACUGUAGAGCACAGUUUGAAAUAUUCAAUGUUCACUGCUAUAAGAAUGAAGCUCUGGACAUUAAAAGGUGACAAGAAAAUUCAUGAACUAUUGGCGGACAUGGGUUUACCUUUGGCACAAAGUAGGCAACAUUUUAAAUCAAUGGACUUGCAGUUGAGGAAGGAGUUUCAUAGUUCCCUAGAGAAAUUAUCAGAGAAAUAUGGGUUGCAAGAUAUAGAAUUUACUUCCUUUAUAUUGCAAUAUGGUUAUCAGCAUAAAUAUUGUGCAUCGGAUAUUGUAUUUGCAUUAAUUGCUAUUUUAGAAGCAUCACCAAGAGAUAAAAAACCUGAAGAACUUUUCAACCUGGCUCUAGAUUGUCUUUCAAGAAAUAAAAAGGAAAUAAUUGAUAAUGCAAUUGAGAAAGCAAAAAUUGUAGCCAAGUCCCUAUUUAAAACAGUACAAAAUGCCUUAGAUAUGAAGCAAAUAAUUAAUGCAGGACCAUUUGUUUACUAUAUAGUUCAAGAAGGUUGUUUAGACUGGUAUAUGUUUUCUCAUCAGCAUAUAUUAUUAUUACUAAGUCAGUUUGUUUUGAAAGCUUACGUUAGUAUGUCCAGAAAUAAGAAAGCCUCAACCUUGCCUCUAAUAAUAUCGGUACCAAAAAAUAUAGAAAAUGGUACCUGCAUUUUAAUUGGUAUUCCUCCAGUCUGUGAAACCUCACCUAGAAAUUUUUUCGGUAAGGCAUUCGAACAGGCAGCUGAAAAAAUGAAUUGUGAAGCCAACUGUGAUUAUUUUGAUACAUCAUAUAUUGAAAUAUAUUCAAAAGACAGAACCCGAUUUUUUGAUGCACUGGCUGCAUUACUAAAUUAAUUUAUUUUUUAGAUUGUAAUAGAUUUUUUUAAAGAUAUUAAAUAUGAAACAAUUCUGUAGGAAUUUGUCACUCAAGAAAUAUUAAUUUUAUUAAUAUAUUAUUUGAUUAAUUUGACAAUCAAAUAAUAAAAUAAUUAAAUUUAGUAAAUAGUACUGAAAAAUCACUGUAAAUAAUUUUAACUAAAUGUACAAAAUAAUUUUAAGCUAGAAAGAUCAGUAAUAAAAC